GAAGCAACACGAGAGAGGCAGCACAUGUACACCAGCGAACACGUCCUUCUCAACGACUCAAUUUCAAUCAGUGAAACAUGAUUCAGAAAAGAGCUGCAGCUCUACUAUCCGUACAGGAUAUAUUCCUGUCUGCGUCCCGUACUGGGCGAGCGAGUGUAUCCCCCACCCCAUCCCUGUCUCUCUCGGAUAAAGGGGAGCCAGUAGUUCAGUGCACUCUCAGCUCGCGCACAGAGGGCGUGGAGAAACAGAUGGUGAAGAAGAAAAAGAAAACGGAUACUAAGAAAGAUUUAGAAACUUCUGAAGACCAGGAAGUUGGCAUGGAGAAAAUGGAAAAGAAAAUGGAGACCAAGAAAGAUUUAGAAACCUCAGAAGACCAGGAAGUUGGCAUGGAGGACUUGAAGCGCUUGUACAAAGGGUCCGUGUUUGGCGCUGGCUUACUGGUACAGAAGAAGUUAGAAAGUUCAGAAGAUAAAGACAAGGGCGAGGAAGGGGAGGAAGUCAAGCUGACCCGAAAGAUGAAGAAAGCCCUGCGAAAGGAAAAGAGAGUAAAUGACAGAAAGAACCUGUCCAAAAGUAAGAAGAGAAAUUUGAAGAAGGCCAUGCAAAGGAAGAGGAAGCAGAUGGAGAAGAAAGCCAAGAUGAGGGAGGAGGAGGAACAAGAAGAUGAAGAGGAAGAGGAGGAGGAGGAAGAAAAUGAUGAGGAAGAAAAUGAGGAGGAAGAAAAUGAGGAGGAAGAAAAGGAGAAGGAAGAAAAGGAGGAAGAAGAGAAUGAGGAGGAGGAGGAGGAACACAAAGAGGAGGAAGCUGUGACUCUUGAGGGAGACCUGCUGAAAAUGUACAGGCAUCGCAAGGCAUUGAGGGAUUCACGGUGUCUCUGCAUCAUGCUGGACAGCAGUAGGGCCAAAGUCAGCUUCCCAGAUGCUGUAUCGGUGCGAUUUAAGAUGAUUGGGAUGGUACGGAUGUGCUUUGUGGAGUAUCGAUCAGCGAUGGAAGCAGAUUUGAAGAAAUAUGAAAUCAAGAGAAUGGAGGGCAUAAAUUCUGUGCAAUUUGCAGGCGCAGAUAAAGCAGAGAACAAGCCUGUAAUUGUGAAUCCAUAUCAGCUGUAUGUAGAAGGGUUACCAUUGGACCCACAAAGAGAAGACUUGGAGAAUCUAUUCCCGACGGCUUCAAAGAUCUUGCGCAGGAAAAGAGAAAGGUAUUGUCGCAUGAGGCUAUUCCCUUGAGUAGGAGGUACUGCUGCUAUGUACAU